AGGCGAUGUUUUAAAAAUCAAUAUGAAGGCCACAACGUGCGGGAAUUCGUUAAAGUUUAGCAACCGUUAUUAGUCAACGAUGUCGGGGCGUUGUGCACUCGGAUUGAUAGCCAUUAACUCGCCGGGACUGCCGCCACAGUGACAAAAUGGCCAACUAAACGGAACGCGUGUGCGAAAUUAGAAAAACGCCUGUCCGAAGCACCAGCAAGGCACACCAAGUGAUGGCUUCUUCCUCUUCCUCUGCGCGUGGAAACUACAAAGGUGCCACGGGUCCUGCUUCCUCUUCCUCUUCAGCUCCUGCUCCCGCUACUGGUACUGCUCCUCCUCCCGCUCCUCCAGUUGUGUCACUCAGCGACCUGAUUGGCCAGCAACUGAAACAGCUUAAUCCGGAGGAUUUGCUAUACAAGGAUGAGCUACAGCUGGUCCUGCUCCUAACCCCUGUGCAGCGCCGGAAGCUCAGCCGAGACCUGGACGAUGGCGAUACAGGGGCCAGCACGUCGACGGCGCCGCUUUCCCGUCCGGAGAAUAACGAGGAGGAUGAUGACCUGAUUGGAGCUGUGGGCGGUUUGAGUAUUUCCUCCCCAAACGCACCAGCAAUAGCCACGACCAAGGAGCCACUGCUGGAUUUUAGAACACACGUACUCAAAUGGUUUCAACAUCUGCGCCACCAAACGGGCCACUUCAAGUCGGAGGAGGAGUCGCGUCGUCUGCGGGAGGCUGGCAACGAUUCGUACCGCAAGGAGAGGCAUCCGCUCAAAGCCAGCGAUCUGUUCACGGAGGCCAUUUUCCUGGCCCCGGCCCGUAACACCCUGGCAGCCGCUCUGGCCCACGCCAACCGCUCUCUGGUCCUGUACGACUGUGGCCUAUAUGCGGAAUCCUAUGACGACUGCCUGUGCGCCCUGGACUUAGGUUAUCCGGAAGAGUAUUUGCCAUUGAUUAAGCUGCGCCAAGCCGCCUGUGCCUUAAAACUGCGUAACUUUGCGCUCUGUGAGGAGCACCUGCACGAGCUCCUGCACAUCGAACUGAACCAGGUCUUUGAAACACGCACCCACGAGCUCUGGCACCAAUGUGAGGUGCUCAAGGUGGAGCGAUUCGAGAUGGCAGUGCAGACGGGAGACGAUCUAGAUACCAACGACUCGAAGCCAUUUGAAAUUGCUUGGUUGGACAAUUCCUCAUCGCUGCACACCACGCGAGCGGUGGCCAAGAACGCGCUGAUCUUCGAGUCCGAAGCGAUGGCGAUGGUGCCGAGCGGAGCCUGCCGCGUGUGCGACUACUGCGGAAUCACCCAGUUUAUUCCGUUUCCCUGCAUUUACUGUUCCAACCGCCUUGUGGUGUACUGUUCGCGGCAGUGCCGCUUUAAGCAUGCUGCGAUCCAUGCCGUGGAAUGCUUUGGCCACCAGAUCGAGUUGUUCGAGUCGUUUGGCGACGUCUUUGCGAUGCCCCGUCUGCUGCAGCUCGCCUUCCGGAUGCUGAUCACGGGACUGCCGGAGUUGCUGGUCCAUUGUCGAAAGAAACCAACGCUGAGCAAGCUAUGGUCGGCCAUCAAUGGGGGACUUCUGGAGAGGCCAGACAUCGCCUACAGUGCUGUGCUGCGAUUGGAACACCUAAGGGAAGAGCAGGCCUCGGAGACCGUGAUUACGCUGGCCCUGACCUCGCACAUACUGGCCAUUUACCUUAGCAAGUGCACCACGUUCUUCGAGCAGCUGGAGAAGAGCCUGCCAACGGCGUCCAGGAUGUCCAGCGCGGAAUGGGAGCUGCUCUGUGCCGCAUUGUUGAUGCGCCACAUUGGCCAGUUGCGCCACAGGUCCAUGACGCUGUGCCGUUCCUUCGUCCUGCCCACAGAUCCGCAUGUAUUCUCGCCGCUCAACGAGUUCCAGCUGUGGGCAGCCCCCAUGCGCCUGCAGGAGGGCCACCUCCACAUUCUGGCUGGCGAGGUGGCAGUCGUUUCGUAUGCCGUCUACCCGGAAACGCUGAGUCUGUGCCGUCACAGUUGUUCCUCCACAAUUUGCACCAAGUUCUCGGGCCGAAAGAUGACUGCUCUGGCCCUGCUCGAUCUGCCAGCGGGAUCCGGCAUAUACAACUGCUUUGCCGGUGGGAAUUUCCAACAGCUGCGGAGGGAGGAACGCAGCAAGCUUCUCCAGGAGCGCGGCAUUAGAUGCCAUUGCUCCGCCUGUCAGCUCUCUCACACGGAAGAUCAAUUUCACAAAUUCCAUCGCUAUCGUUGUGAUAACCCAAAGUGCAUGGAAAUCUUUACCCUCGACGCCAUGCCGCAUGCCCCAAACCUGCGCUGGUGGCUGUCCGAGGAGUACACCCAGCCGGAGUACAAUGGCGCCGAGCUGAUCGUGUGUCCCCACUGCAGCGAGCCCCAGAAACUGGAAUGGUUUUGGGCUUUCCACACGGCGCUUAUUGACUGCGAACUAAUAGAGGAGCGGUGCAAGCUGUAUGCGGCCAUCGAACGGGCGGAGGGUCAGCUGAUGGAGCUGCACGAGUGCAAGGUGGCGCUGGCGAGGCUUUUGUUGGAGCAGUGCCUCAUGGUGCACCGUGAAGGGGCAACCGUGCUGGACGACUGGGAGUUCAACAAGCUCGGCUCCAUCAUGCGCUCCGUUCUGCCCAGCGUGAUGGCCCAGUACGGCGGUCAGUCGAUCGAGUAUGUUAAGUACUUCGCCUACUUCUGGGACGUGAUGGCGCUUAGCAACUACAAGUGCAACGACCGGGAGCUAAUGCAAAUGCUAAACGCUUUGGAAUUCAUUGCCGAUGAGUUCAAGGAUAUAUUCAUUAACUACUAUGAGGAUUAUAUUGCGCCCAAAUUUGCUGAAGAGUCCUAUGGCAGUGUCGUAGAUACGCAAGUUUAGAAGAGAAAUCGAAACAAGCAAACAAGCAAACUUAAAUUAACUUAGAUUUAUUUUACUCUGUAGAGAAUCCAAAAUAACAAACACACACAAAAGCUAGGAAAAUUCUAUUGUUGACCCCUA